AGUGUUCGAGCAAGUGAGGCGACACAGGGCGCCAACCAUUCUCCCAAAAUGCCUUUGGCGCUCUAAACACCCAAAAACCUCCUCCCACACUUCCAACUUCCCGUUAACCAAAAUUCCUCCACUUCCACCACCAAAUCUCCACUCUCUCUCCAAAAUUCCCACCCGAAAUCCCCAAUGUCACAGCCAUCACUACCUCCUCCCAUUCCCCCUACUCUCCCGGCGCCGCACAAUGGUGGAGCUCUCGGCGGUGGAGCUCCUUGCCAGGUUCGAUGCGCCGGUUGCCGCCUGAUCUUAACUGUCGCUGCCGGUGUUGCUGAGUUUGUUUGCCCAACGUGCCGGUUACCUCAGAUGCUUCCUCCUGAGCUAUUGAAGAAUUUCCGGCCUCCUCCUCCGAUGCUCCCUCCUUUACCACCGCCAAACCCUAACCCUAACCCUAAUUCGGUGGGGCCACUACCGCCGCCGCCUCCCACAGCUCCUGUCCAGGCGCAAGGCAUCGAUCCGAGUAAGAUGCAGCUCCCCUGUGCUAACUGUAAGGCUAUACUCAAUGUCCCUCAUGGCCUGUCUCGCUUCAAAUGUCCUCAAUGCGACAUCGAUCUUGCUGUCGAUAUCUCGAAAAUGAAACAGUUUCUUCUUCCUCCUCCCGUCGAAGAAGUCAAUGAGGUAGCUAUUGAAGUUGAACAGGAGGAAGGUGAAGGUGGAACAGUAGGGGAGACAUUUACUGACUAUCGCCCUCCUAAAUUAUCGAUAGGCCCUCCUCACCCUGACCCUAUUGUGGAGACGUCGUCCUUAUCAGCAGUACAACCACCUGAACCUACUUAUGAUUUAGAGAUUAAAGAGGAAAUUGUUCAGUCAAAUGCGUUGUCUUGUUUACAGCUUGAAACACUGGUCUACGCUUCUCAGAGACAUUUGCAGCAUCUUCCAAAUGGUGAGAGAGCAGGAUUCUUCGUUGGAGAUGGUGCUGGUGUGGGCAAAGGUCGUACUAUUGCAGGCUUAAUAUGGGAGAAUUGGCAUCAUAGAAGGAUGAAAGCAUUGUGGAUAUCUGUUGGUUCAGACUUGAAGUUUGAUGCGCGAAGAGACUUGGACGACGUAGGUGCAACAGCUAUCGAAGUCCAUGCUCUGAAUAAGCUGCCUUAUGGAAAGCUUGAUUCGAAAUCUGUUGGAAUCAGAGAAGGUGUUAUGUUUUCAACUUAUAGUAGUCUUAUUGCAUCUUCGGAAAAGGGGAAGUCUCGAUUGAGCCAACUUGUUCAGUGGUGUGGCGGAAGAGAUUUUGAUGGUCUUGUCAUAUUUGACGAGUGCCACAAAGCUAAAAAUUUGGUUCCUGAAGCUGGUGGGCAGGCUACACGUACGGGUGAAGCAGUUCUAGAACUUCAGGAUAAACUUCCUGAAGCACGUGUAGUAUACUGUUCAGCUACUGGUGCAUCCGAGCCACGUAAUAUGGGUUACAUGGUUCGUCUUGGUCUGUGGGGCAAUGGAACAUCUUUCAUGAAUUUCAAGGAUUUUUUAGGUGCACUAGAAAAAGGUGGAGUUGGAGCUUUAGAACUUGUUGCCAUGGACAUGAAAGCUAGGGGGAUGUUUGUUUGUCGAACUCUUAGCUAUAAAGGGGCGGAGUUUGAUGUUGUCGAGGCACCAUUGGAUCCUAAGAUGAUGGACAUAUAUAAAAAGGCAGCUGAGUUUUGGGCUGAAUUGCGUGUAGAGUUACUAACAGCAAGUGCAUUUCAUACUGAAGAGAAACCAACUUCUAGUCAGCUAUGGCGAUUAUAUUGGGCCAGCCAUCAGCGAUUCUUUAGACAUCUGUGCAUGUCAGCUAAAGUCCCUACAGUUGUAAACCUUUCUAAGCAAGCAUUGAAGGAGAAUAAAUGUGUGGUCGUUGGCCUUCAGAGCACAGGAGAGGCACGCACUGAGGAGGCUGUUUCGAAAUAUGGCGUUGAACUCGAUGACUUUGUAUCUGGGCCACGUGAGCUGCUACUCAAAUUUGUUGAAGAAAACUAUCCUUUGCCUGAAAAGCCUGAACCUCUUCCAGCAGAAGAUGAAGGUGUGACGGAACUUCCAGGGAAGAGACACUCAGCUGACCCUGAUGUUUCAUUCAAAGGGCGAGUGAGAAAAGCUGCCAAAUGGAAAGCUGAAAGUGACGAAGAAAGUUUUGGUGAAUCUGAAUCUGAUAAUGAUACUGAAUCUGAUGAUGAGUUUCAGAUAUGUAACAUGUGUAACGGUGAAGAGGAUAGAAAGAAAUUGCUCAAAUGUGCCUGUUGCGGCCAAUUAGCCCAUCCUUCUUGUUUAGACCCACCUGUACCCGAUGUAUCUGAGGAGUGGACAUGCAACUCAUGCCAGCAAAAGACAGAUGAAUAUCUGCAAGCACAACGUGCCUACGUAGAAGAACUCACAAAGAGGUAUGAAGAAGCUGUUGAACGGAAAAUGAAAAUUAUGGAAAUUAUUCGGUCUUUGGAUCUUCCGAACAAUCCAUUAGAUGACAUUAUUGAUCAGCUUGGUGGCCCUGAUAAUGUCGCAGAAAUAACAGGUAGGCGGGGAAUGCUUGUUCGGGCCUCAUGUGGUAAAGGCGUAACCUAUCAGGCACGGAAUACGAAAGAUGUGACUAUGGAAAUGGUGAAUAUGCAUGAGAAGCAGCUUUUCAUGGAUGGUAAAAAGUUCAUUGCUAUCAUAUCUGAAGCUGGGUCAGCUGGAGUUUCUCUGCAAGCUGAUAGGAGGGCUAUAAAUCAGAGGAGGAGGGUUCACUUAACUUUAGAACUCCCAUGGAGUGCUGACAGAGCAAUUCAGCAGUUUGGCAGGACUCAUCGAUCGAAUCAAGCCUCUGCUCCUGAAUACAGACUCCUUUUUACGAAUCUUGGUGGUGAGCGACGAUUUGCGUCUAUUGUGGCGAAGAGGCUAGAAUCUCUUGGUGCAUUAACACAAGGGGACCGCAGGGCAGGGCCUUCUUUAAGUGCCUAUAACUAUGACAGUGCUUAUGGCAAAAAGGCACUGAUGAUGAUGUAUAGAGGAAUCUUAGAGCAGGAUUCCCUACCAGUUGUACCUCCUGGAUGUUCAACUGAAAAUCCUGAAUCAAUUCAAGACUUUAUAACCAAGGCAAAAGCUGCUCUGGUGUCAGUUGGCAUUGUUCGGGAUUCAGGUAGUGGAAAAGAAUCUGGAAAGGUUUCUGGACGUAUAGUUGACUCGGACAUGAAUGAUGUUGGUCGUUUUCUCAAUCGACUAUUGGGAUUGCCUCCUGAGAUCCAGAACAGGAUUUUUGAGUUAUUUAUCAAUGUUCUUGAUGUAGUUAUUCAAAAUGCGCGAACUGAAGGGAAUCUUGACUCUGGGAUUGUUGACAUAAAGGCUAAUCUUAUUGAAUUACAAGGAAAACCAAAGACAGUGCAUGUGGAUGAAAUGUCUGGUGCAACAACAGAGCUGUUCACAUUCACUCUUGAUCGUGGGGUCACUUGGGAGUUUGCUUCUAAUUUGCUCAAUGAGAAGCAAAAAGGAAGUCUUGGCUCAACACAUGAUGGAUUCUAUGAGUCUAAGAGGGAAUGGCUUGGAAGACGUCAUUUCCUUUUGGCUUUUGAUAGCUCUUCCUCUGGCUUCUUUAAGAUAGUACGUCCUGCUGUGGGAGAGGUAAUUAGGGAAAUGCCUUUAAGUGAACUUAAAAAUAAGUAUAGAAAGAUUUCAUCUCUGGAGAAGGCCCGCAGUGGAUGGGAAGACGAAUAUGAAGUUUCAUCAAGACAGUGUAUGCAUGGCCCCAAUUGCAAGGUUGGUAGCUUUUGUACUGUGGGGAGAAGACUGCAAGAAGUAAAUGUUUUGGGUGGUUUAAUCCUUCCAAUUUGGAGUGCGAUUGAGAAAGCCCUGUCAAAACAGGCCCGCCAGAGUCAUAGACGGGUUCGUGUUGUGCGUAUAGAGACAACAACAGAAAGCCAACGAAUUGUGGGACUCCUGAUUCCAAAUGCAGCUGUUGAAGCUGUACUUGAAGAUUUGGUUUGGGUUCAUGAGAUAGAUGACUAAUGCAUAUCCAGCGAGCCAUUUUCCUCCAAUUUUCGUGACAGAUGUAAGUGCCCAUCAAUUCCAUCUUUUGGACUUGGUAGCAAGAAAUGCACGCUGUGAAUGCCGUGAACAAUAUGCAGGAGUUGUACAUAGAUGAGCCAAUUUUUUGAGUCAAAGCUGUAUCAUUAUUUAUCAACCUCAUCAUUCUUGUAAAGCUUCAGUGUAAUUAUAGAGCACAGAAUUGUAUUGUCACUGAUGAACUAGGCUCAGUGAUUGUAGCUGCUAACGAACAAUUAUAUAAACAUCUUCACGUAGUUAUUGUUAAUCAAAAGCAGAAGCAUUCGAAAGCAACGCUCCCUUCUUUUAGAAAUGUAGUAGUUAUUCUAUCACCUCCUGAUGAGCUCAUUCAAAACAGCCAUCAGACUUGGAAAUUCUUGGAUCUGUAUACUCCAGGAUGAAUGUCAUCCUUGUAAGCCUUUUUGUUUUUUUAAUCCUUUUUUUUUUUUUUUGAGCAACUUUUAUGAAUAAUGCUUAAAAACUUUCCACGGACUGUACAUGUAUGAUUAUUGAUUUUAGGAGUAUGAAUUAAUAAGUGGUGCUUAAGUUGAA